AUGUCGGUGAGUCCCCGCCCCCCCCCCCCUCGCUCCCCGGGCUUCCUCCCUCGCCCCGGAUCUCGAAUUCCUUACGGUUUCGCCCCCUGCCCAUCGCAGAUCUUCGAAUACAACGGGUCCGCCGUGGUGGCGAUGGUGGGGAAGAACUGCUUCGCGAUCGCCAGCGACCGGCGGCUGGGCGUGCAGCUUCAGACCAUCGCGACCGACUUCCAGCGGGUGUUCAAGAUCCACGACAAGCUCUACAUCGGCCUCUCGGGGCUCGCCACCGACGCCCAGACGCUGUACCAGCGGUUGGUGUUCAGGCACAAGCUGUAUCAGCUGCGGGAGGAGAGGGAUAUGAAGCCUGAGACCUUCGCCAGCCUUGUCUCUGCGCUCCUCUACGAGAAGAGAUUCGGGCCAUAUUUCUGCCAGCCAGUCAUUGCUGGACUUGGAGAUGACGACGUACCAUUUAUUUGUACCAUGGACUUCAUCGGUGCAAAGGAACUGGCCAAGGAUUUUGUUGUUUCUGGGACAGCAUCAGAAUCUUUGUAUGGUGCUUGUGAAUCCAUGUACAAGCCAAAUAUGGAACCUGAUGAACUCUUCGAGACUAUAUCCCAAGCUCUGAGUUCAUCAGUAGACCGUGACUGCCUUAGCGGGUGGGGUGGCUAUGUUCUGAUUGUGACACCGACUGAAGUGAGGGAGCAUGUGAUUAAGACCAGGAUGGACUAA